AUGGAUGCUACUACUGCCGCCGAGGAUGACAAUGAAGAAACAGAAGCAGAGUCUGCAGAUGAGGAAACUGUGGAAGAAGCACAACAAGAAACUGAAGCUGAAGAAGGGCAGGAUAAAGCUGAUGAUGAACCAGUAGAAGAAAAUCCAUCAACCGAGACAGAAACUAUCCCUACCGAAGAAGAGUUUAAGGAUCAGACCGAACAAGAGAACCAAGAUCCUCCGACAGAUGUGGAAUUUGAUAAAGAAGAAGGAGAACUCGAUCUAGAUACACUGGAAGAUCUUGAAGAGACUACUGAUGUAGCUACCACACCCAUGCAGUCACCUAUUAGGAUGGAGACAACAAUGGAAGAAGCUGAAACAACCAUUGAACCACCACUAGAAGAUGUUAAAAACGAUUAA